GUUGAAGAAACUUCACAUUGCAAUAUGAUAAUUCCAAAAGGUUCUAAACAUAAACAAUUUCACAAUCAUCCUCCUCCUCCACCUGAUAAAUUACCAAAUGGCAUUAAAAGUAACUUGCAAGCUUUAAUUGAACAAUCAAUUGACAAUAACAAUACCACCACACCAGGUUCAAUUUUGUCAGGAAACCUAAUCAAGGCUUAUUUUGAUAAUGAAUGUUUACCUGAAGUACAUUUGUCAUUAAAUAAUAUUGAUAAAUUAAGACAUUUGGUUGCUAAAUCUUAUAAUAAGUUGCAUCCUUUUGGUCAGGGAAUAAUGGGUGUCUAUCAUAAUUUAUUAAAUAAAAAUUUUGACUUAAAUAACUAUCUUAGAAAAAUUGAAUUUUACUCUAAGAAUGGACAAGUAUUAAUUAUUUGUAUGCUCAAACAACAAAUACAAGAAUUAUUAACCUUAGGUUUGAUACAAAUAGAUGUCAGUUUCAAGCAAGUUAAAGGGGAGUUAAAUGAAUUUGAAAUAAACAGAUAUGAUCCUGGGCAUCAUUUAGUAUUGACAUUUUGUCGAGUGUUCACAAAUGUUUUCACAGCAGAUGGUUACAAAAGAUUAUUCUUAUCUAUCUUUGAAAUUAUAAGAGAUUUAAGUGGGCAGGAACUCAAGUUUCAACACAUCCAUAAAGAAGGGAUUGGGUGUAUCUUGGGUGAUUUAGAUAUUGCACAGGCCAAAGGACUAGGUCUUGCAUUAUACAAUUUAGAUCCUGAAAAGGAUCCAGAAACUCAUUUAAUUCAUAUUUUUAAAUCAUGUCUGAUCCACUUUGAAAGAAAUCUUAGUCGUAAAGCAUUUAAACAAGCAACUAAAAACUUAAUCAAGCAAAUACCAUAUGCUUCAAAUCCAGAACAAGUUUAUCAUCUUAUAAAGCUAAUUGAAAAUACAAAUGAUGAUGGGAUUCAAGGUAAUCAACCAUAUAUUCUAGCAUCGUUAAACCAAUCUCUCUCUAAAAUUAACCCAGAUAUUUGGCACAAGUCUGGUAAUAACACAAAUAUCGCAGAGGCAGCUCAUUCUCUAGUAAAUAGAGAAGGAAAGCAAAUGAAUUUAUUAUCAGCAAUUUUGAGAGGGAAAAAAUAUGAUGAAAAUUGUUUUAGAACCAUAGAAAUUCACAAUAGUACAGGUGUUUCUAAAACACUUAAAGAUAAAAGUAAAAUAAAGAGGCUAAGUAACUCCAUGACACGUAAAAGGUUACCUAAUUCAAAAAAGAGUCAAGUGAAGAUGACUUCUACAAGUAAAAACAUUCCCAAAAAAAAGGGUAAAGAACCUGUUCAAUUAUCAGAUAAUGAACAAGCUGAAUCAUCAAAAAAAGCAAAACUUGAUAAUAAUAAUAAAGAAAAUAUGCUUCUUCAACUUGAAAUUGAAGAACGUAGAAUUUCCUUAGAAGAGCGUAAAAUGUCAUUGAAUGAACGUGCAAUAAAAGCUAAAAAAGAUGAAGCAGAAGCAAAAAAGUUAGAAGCAGAGGCUAAAUAUUUAGAAUUAGAAAAUAUCAGAAAAGGAAGAUUUAUGGAAGAUGUUUGA